UUUCUCACAGGUGGAAAGUUGCUCAAUAGAUAAUAGAGAGAGGCAACAGAUAGUUAAAAUGCGUGUGGAAGCCCCAUUAGCUUUACUGGUGCAAACGGUAGUGGAGAAGGAAGUAACCUGGGCACAAUUUAAGCAAUAUCUUACAAAGGAGCUCACGGACCAGAAUGAGGAAAGGUUAUUUGAUUCUCUGAAUGAUUUAAAAUAUUCGGUGGAGGACGACCACCCCAUCGAGUUUAUGACAAGGUUGAAAUGUAAACUAGCUUUGGUUACCGUAAGGACCGAUGCUGAUGACGUGCCGUCUCAGGACAGGUUGAUUAAGAGCAAACUAAUAAAAGGAAUGCCGAGAGACUGCAGGGAAAGAUUAGAACUGUACCUGGACGAAAAAGUAUCGUUAACCAGGUUUCUGACCAAAUUAGAUACUGAAAGACUGGUGGUAAUGACUCGGAAAGAGAGUAGUGUACGAGCGGUUAGCCCGGCCCCAGCCCACCUACCGACUGCCCCGCGAGCGGCGGCGGCGACUACACCCCACCCGGCCGCCACAUUAACACCACCCGCUAGUAGAUUAGACAGGGUAGAUCAAAGAUUACAGCUAUGGCGCAGAAGAGAGAAAUACUGCCCAUAUUGCCGAGCUACUAACCACUCAAUAGCCGAGUGCUAUAAAAGACCACAACCUGGCUCCUGUUAUGAUUGUAUACGGCUCAAUUGUCGGCGCGGCCAUCCAUCGUGCCCCGGUAAAGUAAACACAACACGGAAUAGGAUGUUAUGACAAUCUCCGGUAAUCAGUGUAGAUAUCAAUAACCAUGUACUCGAAGCAAUGUUAGAUACUGGCAGUGAUGUUUCACUAAUCAAGAUCAGUGUAAUUAAUGAAAUGGGAAUUCCAGUGAAACAAAGUUCAAAGAUUCCCCCUUUGCAAGGAAUCACCGGUAAGCAGAUCAGAGUAUUGGGCCAAGCUUAUGUAACAAUAGCCAGUAACAGUAACCAUCCCAUCAUUGCUCAAGUAGCGGUCGUUCCCGAUGAAUAUCUCAAAACACACGUAUUGUUGGGAAUGAACACGAUCGGUCAGUCAACUCUCACUCUAGAUCGCCAAGCUAAGCGGAUUCAUUGGAACAAUCUUGUUUAUCCCUUAGUAUUCGUUGAAACACCAUAUGGAAAAGUCAGAAUGGUGAGAAAAGAACCUCAGUCUCCCUCUCAUAACCAGCGCUUCGGCAGAGUAACAACCAAAACACUAGUGGACUGUUACGAAACGACCCUAGUGGAGGUAAAAGUAAGUGAGGAACCUAAUACCGUAAUAAUGAUUGAGGCUAAACAUGCCUGUGUUCAAGAUGGAUUGCCAACUAUAAUGCGAGUGACUGAAACACGCACUGUUUUCAUCCCCGUCAUUAAUAACACCAAAGUUAGGUUAGUGUUACGACCAGGAACCUUACUGAUAAAGUAUGAAAUAAUAGACGAGGGACAGAUAGAGAUAGAAGACUCACCCCUGACCAUCGCUAAAAUAAGUGAAGCCAUCGGGCCAGAAAAUGAUUGUGUGCCCACAAACCAAACCCGGUGGGAAAAGCUUAAAGUAAUUCUCGACUCGCGAGACUGGUCACAUCUAGAGAAAGAACAAGAGCUUAGUUUAUUUCGGCUCAUUCAGAAACAUCAAAAAUUAUUUAUCGUACAUCCUGGCGAAUUAGGACUAAUACAAGCAGAUCCAGCCCACAUUCAGGUAGACGAUCCAACACCCUGUCGUACACCACUCUAUCGAUACCCAGAGAAAGCGAGAGAAACUAUUCAGCAGAUUCUACAUGAUUUAGAAGCUACAUCAGACCCGCUGCUGGGGAAGGAGACCGCCACUGUUGGGGGUGGCUGGAAUGUUCGGGAGGAGGGGCCUCCUGAAUCCAGUCCCCACAGAAUAAGGCCUUGGAGAGGACUACGUUGGCCUCUCUACUCCGCCCCUGUACGCCUAGACUGAUGGGAAGUGGGUGGCGCAACACCAACUGGGAGGUCAGGUCCUGCCGGACCGGUAGAGACGUCAAGGUCUCGCACUAAGUGGAAAAUUGUAGAGUGUGAAAUGUUGAAACGAAGGGCAGUAAUACCACAGAUACCCUGGACACUGUAUAUAGCUCUAAAUGGUUAUGUGUGCUCACGGUGGUGUAUCGCGAUUACGUGGAUUGUUAUGUGGGUGUUACUUUUUUGUUGUUGUAAAAGAGAAGACGAGGAUUUGUUUUCCCUGAGGAAAAAGCCAUGUACCGAGUAGCAGUACUGGAGUGAGAUUAUUACCCACUAUUAGGGUAUUUAUUUAGUCCAAAUCCUCAUCUUCCCUUUCAUAUGUGUAGCUAGGAAUUCUUAUAUAGGGAGUCCCUGUAGGGGGAGAAGGGAGAUGACGUAUGGCUGCGUGCGCAGUCAUCAUGGCUGCCACCUUAUAAGGUGAGGAGCGUGGUGGCCUCAUCCACAGCAGCACGGGUGGUUUUCCCCCGGGAGCUUCGGUUUCCACCCAGAAGUCAUCUGUGCUGCUGUGGGAAGGGGUAACCACUCACAUGUACUUACCUGUAGCCUUCUGUAGACUGUAUAAUUAAUGUAUGUAUUAAGGAUUAUAUAAGGAUUCAUGUAACCCUGCCCUUUCUCACUCUCUCACAGCAGUAUGGGUGGUUUUCCUCCGGGAACUCCGGUUUCCACCCUUGACCCAUCUCGUACUGCCCUGUGACAUUCAUCACUUUACAGCAGCAGGCCGGACCGCCCGGCAACUUUUUAACUCCUACUGUAUUUCUAUAUUUCCUCGCUUUUUCUUCCAGUGUACCAGUCCUGGUACACUCUACCCCUUCUCUUGUAACCCCUCUUACUUAAUAAACUUUUGAAACUUUUUGAUCGUCACCCUCAGAACAUCACCCCGCUCUCGUCUCGUCUCCUGUGGAACCUUCUGGCUACUUCCAGCACAGCAGGCCCAACCAGGCAGAGAGAGAGAGAGAGAGAGAGAGAGAAGCAGGACGCCGCGAGGGACAGGCCGCCAUUUUUACCUCGGGACGCACCCUCACGCCCUCUCAUCUACAGCUGAGUUACCCACGGUUUCCCCCCCAUAGGUCUCCCAUCUUAUAG